AUGAGGAAUUUGUCAAGACUUGGCCCCUUCGCCUCCCCAAGCCACAUUGCCGCCGCCGUCACUUCCCCUCCUCCCCCGCGCCCUCGAUGGCCUCGGUCUUGCAUCUCGUACUCCGAUGAGGAAGAUGCGUGUUCGAGUGGUCUCGGGAAUGCCGAUUGCUGCGAUCAUGCGAUUUCGCCGCCCACUGGAAAACCUUUCUGGUUCACCGUGCUAGCUUCGAAGAGCUUUGUCCGCGGAUGCGCGAAGAGAAGCCUAUGGUGGCUGAUGCUGGCCGUCGUCGCUGCGUCACUAACUGCUAGAAUAUUCUUCUCGGGCCCGACUCUUGGUUGCAUGGUCGAUCCGUCGCUUGACACAGCCCACCCUGCCUGGAACGAGUCCGCAACAGUCCCGUUGCGCCAGUUCCUCCUCCGCCGCACACCAUCAGGGGACGGCGGAAGCGUCGCCGUCGCCCCGUGGCGCAUGUGGGGCUGCGAUAUGGGGGAUCGGCGCGGAGAAAGGGCGGAAGUACGGGCGGGGCUGGGUUUGGAUAGCGUGGUGGUACGGACCUCGGCGGAAGCGACGGGGAACUUGGUCGGCGGAAGCGAAGAGGUGGAGGGGGAGGGAGCAGAGUGGGUGGGGUUGGGGGAUGGGGUAGCGGCGCGGGGAAAAGGGAGAAUUAGUGAUGCUGGUUCUAACAAGGACGGGGAGAAAGGAGGGGGAGAGACGGAGAAUAAAAUGAUUGUGAAAGAACGUGUGAGCCACAUGGGCAUGGAGGGCGGAAGCGGGGAUGUGAAUGAAGGGGUGUCGGCUGAAGAACAUGUGAUGGGCGAGUUCGGGUAUGAGCUGAUUGCCGUCCUCCCAUUCGCCUACUGGCACCACUUGAACGGCUCCCUCCGCUCCACCACCUCCUGUGGGCGGCAUUCAUUGGCCUCACUCUACUAUUUCAGCCCCAACCACACAGAUGAUGCCACGUGUCAUCGAAGUGACAUGAAGGACAAUGUCACUGAAUAUGGGUUUCCUCACGGCAUUCAUUAUAGCCGCAUUCCACCAACCUGGCAGCCGCCUCCACUUGCCCAGUACUUCAGGAAGCUUCCCUCUGUAUGGCCGGAAAUUUCCAAGGGAUCCCGGUUGGUGGUUAUUGGGAAUAAAUACGAGCGGGAGUGGGGCCAUUCUCCGGUGAAUUUCAUUGAUUUACCGACUCUACUGGGAAUUGUUGAGUCAUAUUUGGAUGCGGGAUUUUAUGUGGUGUACAACAAUCCGGGGAUGUCACUGGAAUCAGACCAUCGGCAGGUUAUUAGGGACGGCACAGAUUUGGGGGACUACGAGGCAUUGCAGAAACGGUUUUGGAACAAUCCACGGUUGCAGAUCAUGCAAAAUCUUCAAAAGCGGUGGCCAGACCUGGGGUUCAAUGACGUGCAGUUCAGAAUGUUGGCGCAGAGCGUAUGUUUCGUGAGUGUGCAGGGAGGGGGCAGCAUUGUGGAGAGCUUCUUUGGUGGAAAGAACAUCAUCUACUUUCGUGAGGGGCAGGAGGUGAAAGGCAGGGCAUAUGAGAGGAUUUACCCGCAGCUGUCUGGAGCGAAGGUGAAGGUGGUAACCAGUUAUGAGGGUCUGGUGAAGAAGGUGGAUGGGAUGAUCAAGAAGAACAAGUGCCAUGCUAAACUUCACUAG